AUGUUGUCCUUCCUAUCGUCAAGCAUGUCCAGUGCACGCCAGUCUCUGGCGCAAGUCCUCAACUUCGCGCUGGUUCUCUCAACGGCCUUUAUGAUGUGGAAGGGGCUCUCGGUGGCUACGGCCUCAUCUUCGCCCAUUGUCGUUGUCCUGUCGGGGUCUAUGGAACCUGCUUUCCAGAGAGGCGACUUGCUCUUCUUGUGGAACCGGGCUCCGCGCGCUGAACUGGGAGAGGUUGUGGUUUACAAUGUCAGGGGAAAAGAUAUCCCGAUCGUGCACCGUGUUGUGAGGACAUUCCCUGAGGUCGAGGGGAAGGGAAAGAAUGUCAAGGAGGUUGAGGAUGCCUCGACGGUGCCAAACAACAUGCUAUUGACCAAGGGAGACAACAACGUCGCCGAUGACACUGAGCUCUACGCGCGCGGCCAGGACUAUUUGAACCGGGAGGAGGAUAUUGUGGGUAGCGUGCGAGGGUAUAUUCCGAUGGUUGGAUAUGUGACUAUCAUGCUCAGUGAGCAUCCUUGGCUCAAGACGGUGUUGCUGGGCAUUAUGGGGUUGACGGUGAUGCUGCAACGGGAGCAAUAG